AUGCUUCUUGUCCUGUUCCUCUUGAAUGGCGCUUGGUGGCUUUUACUCAAUUACAGGCGAGGUGCAUGGCAGCUGUUGGAACUCAAGCUGAUGCCAGACGACCCUGUGCGCUCAGCCUGGGUCUCCAUCGGCAUCGGUGUGGUCAUCUUCACCUUGUUCUUCGUGGACCAGGUCGUGCGACGUGAACACGGGCGCGCCUCCCUUGUGCUUCUCAACGGUCUUACGUACUCUGCCAACAGCGUGCCGGCCACGUCGCACAUUCCCGUCCGGUCGCCUCGACCUCCUACCCUGCAUGAAAGCAUUUUCCACACUUUCUUGCUCGUCCUCGUCGGCUUUGCCACAAUCUGCUAUUGGCGAGGCCUAUGGGAUUUACAAGACUUGUACAUUAUGCCUGAUCGGCCCGUUCAAUCCAAUGUCUUGUCCUUGAUGGUGGGCCUGGUGGGCCUGUUCUUCAUGCGCUCCCUGCGGUCCACCCAUGGACAGCCAUUCUUGAACAGCGUGGACGUUGGUUAUUUUAACAUUUUCAACCCCAGUGAACCGGCCCGCCCCUUGCAAUGGGAAACCAUCGACAGCUUCAGUAUGGCCCGCGAUCGUCAGAAGCGAGAACACGCACAGAUGGCGCUGGCCGCUAGUGAGGCCAGUCAGCGCCUCCCAGGCAUUGCACCUCUUGAAAUGCCUGCCUUUGGCCUCGCUCGUAUCAAGAUGGAGCCCGAUCUUGGCGAGGACAUUUUUGAAUCCCAGAUCUCGUGAUCGACCUCACCUUGGCCAUAGUAGAGUGCGUCGCGCACCUUGCCCUUUGGCUAUCCAGCCAACGGAGGCCUCUAUUCAGCCCGCGGGCUGCGCCUGAUACUAGCUGAAUGGAAACGCCCGAUGCACGCACCACGGCUCUUCAAGAACGACAGGCUUCUUUGCGUGUUUGUGUGAACAAGUAGACUCAGACAACCAAGUUGUGUUUUGUGCCAUUUAUUUCAUCCCGUUUGCCUCA